CUGGUAAAAGCUCAGAGUAACAAGAUUGUUCAUCAGACUGUGCCCAGGUGAAAGUGUUUCGAAAAAAAAAUAUUAAAUUCAAAAUACGUUAAGAGGGGCCAUUCUUUCUAUAUAAAGACGACAAACUUAACUCAAAGAAAUUCAGUGUCUCUCGAGUGAUUAAACGUGAGAUUGACAAUGUGGUACAUUUUUUUGGUGGGUCUAGUGGCUCAAAGUUUAGCAACAAAAGUUACCUACAAUACAGCAUCAUCAUCAUCGGCAGCAGCAGCAGCAUCUGCUUCAUUUGAAAAAAAAAAUGAUUGGGCCUGGGUUGAUCCACUUGGUUCAUCAAGCAAUCAACAAGAUUCAUCAUUACAUCCACUCAGUUUUUCUAUAGACGAUGCAUCAUCAUCGGCAUCAUCAUCAUCACAAUAUUCAGCAAACAUUCAGUCAGGAUCCAGUGGAGUUGGAAAUGCUUUAAAUUCAGCAGUUCAAUCGGUGGAAUCUGUGAUUGACAAUAUUCUUGUUUCGAAUCGUCAGGGAAGAACCUUGGAAGGCUAUGAUGAACUUUACAGUGAUCCAGAUGUUAAAAAUAUACUUCAAGUUGGAAAUGACACUGCAGCUCGUUCUUACAUUAAGGACAAAUUAUGUUCACUUGGUCUGAUGAAUUGUGAAAAUGCUGAAGGUAGAAGACCAUAUUAUUCUCCACAUCGUGAUAUUCAACCACAAGAAGUAAUAUAUGCUCAACCAGUUACAAUAAAACCAGUUGGUCCACCACUUGCAGCAAUUCAAAUUAAACGUCCAGUUGGCUAUGGUCCACCAAAACCAUCUCAUUUUGGAUCAAGUUAUUUACAAGGCCCACCACCAAGUCAUCAUGGUCCACCAGGUCAUACUUAUUCUGGACCAUCAUCAUCAUUUUCUGGACCACCACCAUCAUUUUCAAGACCACAAUUUGGUUUUAAUGGACCAUAUCCAAGUUAUAAAAAACCUGGCUACUCACAUUCAAGCAAACCAAUUUAUGAAGAUUCUGGUAAUGAUGGUGAAUAUGAUUUUGUACCUCAAGAUAAACAUGAAUAUCUUGAAAAAAAACAAGUUAUUGUACAACAGCCAAAUGUCGUUCAACCAGUUCAACAACAUGUUCAUCAUCAUUAUCAUCAUGAGGAUGGUGCAAAUAAAUUAUCAAGUGGUGGAAUUAUUGGUGGUGGAAUUGGACAAAUUUCAGCAACUGAUUUAUCACAGGGUAUUGUUGGUGGUGGUUAUGGCUAUGGUAACACUGGUACAUAUGGAUCAAAUUAUAAUGAUUUUAAUGAAUAUAAAAAAGCAUUUAAAAUUAAACCAUCAUCAGCAACAAAUAGUAUUGAUCCAAUUUUAUCAAAUGGUAAUAAUUAUGCCAAUAAAUUUGUUGACUAUGACAAAAAUAAACGUGAAUCAUUUACAAAUAGUAAUAAAGCAUUUUCAAUAAAUCAAGAACAAGCUAAAGUUAUUAAUUCUGGUUUAAAUUCAUAUGGUAAUGGAAAUAAUAAUGGUCUUGGUAAUUUUGGCAAUAAUAAUUAUGGAUCAAAUUCAAAUAGUUUUGGAGAAUCAUCCAAUUUUGAAAAUAAUUUUUCAUCAUUAUCAAAUGAUGAUUGUAUUUGUGUUACUUAUGAUCAAUGUGGUGCAAUUAAUCAAGCUGGACGUAAAGAUGACUUGUUUUUGGCAAUUGAUCCAAGAAAUAUUGGUAAAACAAUUGAUGCUGAAUCUGAUGACUCCAGUUCAACUGAUUUAAAUGUACGUGUUACAAAAGGUGUCAAUGUAACUGAACAAGCUAUCGAAACAAAAAAAAAUAGCACUGAUGUAGCUAAAGCAAAUGAAGAAGAAAAACGAAAUAAAAGAGAAGCCAAAGCAGAAGCAAAAAAAGAUGAAAAGACUGAUGAAAUUCAAGGCCGCUUGCUUGAAGGUUUCAAUCGUCCAAAUUUAAAUGUCAAACCAACCUGGGGUGUUAGUUUUGGUCUACCCCAAGGUGGCAAUGGUGGUGGUGGUGGUAGUGGUGGAUAUCCAAUCAAUCCUUAUGGUGAAAAUCCUCUAUUAAAUCCAUAUCCAGGAUACGGAGGUGGAGGUGCUAAUGGUGCUAAUGGAAUUAAUCUUGGUUUAGUAUCAGUUAAUCCAUUGUUGGCUCUUCAAGUUGGAAAAGAUGAUUAUGGUGAAAAAGUUGUUAAACCAUUUGUUAAUCUUCAUGUUACACCAAAUCAAGGUCUUGUCAAUAAAUUAGGUAAUUUUUUGGCACAUAAAAAAAAUGAAUUACUAUUGGGAGGAGGAGGAUACGGUGGUGGUGGAUAUUAUCCUGGUGGUUAUUAUCCUGGACAACAAUAUCAACCAUCUGGUCCUUAUUACAAUCAAAAUAGACCACCACCACCACAACAACAUUAUCAUCAACAUCAACAUCAACAUCAGCAUCAAUAUCAACAACAAUAUCAACAACAACACAAUCAUCAUCAUCAUCAACAACCAGGACCAAAUUGGUCCGGUGGUUUUAAUGGAUUUAACAACAACAACUAUGGCCAUGGUGGUAAUUAUGCUGGAAAUUAUGGAAAUUAUUAUGGUGGAUAUUCACGUGAUGCUGAUGACUAUGAUAAUGAUGAUGAUGAUGAUAAUAAUGAUUAUUACAAUAAUCAAUAUGCUUACAAUAGAAAUGCAAAUUCAAGUAUAUUUGCUGAUGAUGCUGAUAGUAAUGAGGCUUCUCAAGGUCUUAAAUUUCCAGAUAAUUAUGAUAACACUAAAAAAACAGGUCAAAGUGGCAAAGUUUCAUUUAACAACAGAAAAAAACGUGAUGUCAAUGAAUUAAUCAAAUCAGAGGAGAGACAAUUUGGAAGACCACCAGUAUGUGGACCUAGACAUGUUUGCUGUCGUAGAAAUCAAAUUCAUCCAAGUUAUUUUAAUAAUAAACAAAAAGCUGGACAAUGUGGAAUUAAAAAUAGCCAAGGUAUCACUGGUCGUAUCAAGACACCAGCAGGUGUUGAUGGAGAUGCUGAAUUUGGUGAAUAUCCAUGGCAAGUUGCUAUAUUGAAAAAAGAUCCAACAGACAGUGUUUUUGUUUGUGGUGGAACUUUGAUAUCACCUCGUCACAUUCUCACAGCUGCUCAUUGUAUUAAAUCUCAUGUAAAAGAGGAAUUACGUGUGAGACUUGGUGAGUGGGAUGUCAAUAAUGACGGUGAAUUUUUCCCAUACAUUGAACAAAAUGUUGAUGAUAUUGUAAUUCAUCCUGAAUUUUAUGCUGGUACAUUGUACAAUGAUCUUGCUAUUUUAAAACUUGAUCAUGAUGUCAACUUUAAAGAAAAUCCUCACAUAGUACCAGCUUGUUUGCCAAAUCGUCAUGACGACUUUACUGGUGCAAGAUGUUGGACAACUGGAUGGGGUAAAGAUGCUUUUGGUGAUUUUGGAAAAUAUCAAAAUAUCUUGAAGGAAGUUGAUGUGCCUGUUGUUAGCAAUGCAAUUUGUGAAAAUCAAAUGAGAAAAACAAGACUUGGUCCAAGUUUUAAUUUACAUCCAGGUUUUAUUUGUGCUGGUGGUGAAAAAGGAAAAGAUGCAUGCAGAGGUGAUGGUGGUGGUCCAAUGGUUUGUGAACGUCAUGGUUCAUGGCAAUUGGCUGGUGUUGUUUCAUGGGGAAUUGGAUGUGGUGAACAAGCACUUCCUGGUGUUUAUUCUCGUGUCAGUUAUUAUCAUGAUUGGAUACAACAAUAUGUUGAACGUCAAUAUUACUAAUUAUUCAAUCAUCAUCAACGAAAACAACAACAACAUAAUCAAUCAUUAUUUAUUUAUGAAAACCGUUAAAUUAUAUAUUAAUCAACUUGUUUUUUACUUUUCUUUUUUUUAUUU